AUGCGAGGCGCCAAGCUCACUCUAUUCGGUUCUUCCUGCAAUGGGUUUGGCCUGGCGCGGAGUGACCUCGACAUUUGCCUCACCUUCGAGAACAGUGAGGAUGCCAAGGCUGACGACCUUCCGAGGCAACUGAAGGGGCUGUUGUGGAGGAACAGAGACCUCACUGCGGUAUCCUUCGUGUCCAGAGCGAGAGUACCGGUGAUCAAGUUCCUUCACCAGCCCACGGGCCUCGAAGGGGACUUAAGCAUUGGUAACAUAUUGGCACUGCGCAACACAAUGCUGUUGAAGACGUACAGCGAGAUUGACAGGCGCGUACGAGUACUCGGCUACGCCUUCAAAUUCCUUGCAAAGCGCUUUGGAAUCGGUGAUGCCUCGCACUCAGGCAUGUGCUCGUACGCGUUCAUCCUGAUGACGAUCUUCUACUUGCAGCAGUGCAAACCAGCAGUGCUGCCUGUACUUCAAGAGGGAGGUGCGAGCCACUGUUUUCAACCUAACGAAGGCAUUAACUUUGUUACUUUGCAGUUGCACCCGAGCAGGAUGCAAAAGCCUGAAGAAAUGGUUGAGGGCUGCAAUGUCUGGUUCUUCCAUGACAUGAAGCGUCUGGACUCUGUCUGGAGCGGAAGGGGUCGCAACACGAUGGACGCUGGCGAAUUGUGGCUGGGAAUGAUGAAGUUCUACGAAGACUUCAACUUCCAGGAGCAAGUAGUCAGUGUUCGCCAGAGCGCGCCUCUGCUCAAGACAGAGAAGGGCUGGGACGCACUGGUGGCCAUCGAGGAUCCGUUUUGCCUUGACCGGAACCUCGGCAAAGGGCUGUCCAAACAGAAGUACAGGGCGACCAUGGGGGCAUUCGUCCGAGGGCGGUUCCUCUUCGAGGAACCCAUGGUCGACUUUCUUCCUGCGGAUGCCACAUCCCACGCGUGCUCUGAGCCCCGGCAAGUCGGACGCAGACCAACGUCCACGUGCCAGCAUUGCCGUGUGUGCGAGGGCAAGCUGCAUCGCUGUCCAAACAGUCGAGGAAAAGGGGGCUGCAAAGAAAAAGGCGCAACUGCUGCCACAUCGCUGCUGCACAAGCCAAGGCACGUUUAA